AUGGGGCAGCAGUUUAGCUGGGAGGAGGCGGAGGCUGCCGGGGAGAUGGACGUGGCAGAGCUGCAGGAGUGGUACAAGAAGUUUGUGGUGGAGUGUCCCAGUGGGACCCUCUUCAUGCACGAGUUUAAACGCUUCUUCAAGGUCACGGGCAAUGAGGAGGCCACCCAGUAUGUGGAGGGCAUGUUCCGAGCCUUCGACAAGAACGGGGACAACACCAUUGACUUCCUGGAGUACGUGGCGGCCCUGAACCUCGUGCUGAGGGGUACCCUGGAACACAAGCUCAAGUGGACCUUCAAGAUCUAUGACAAGGACCGAAAUGGCUGCAUCGACCGCCUGGAGCUACUGGACAUCGUGGAGGCAAUUUACAAGCUGAAGAAAGCCUGCCGGGUGGAGCUGGACCCGGAGCAGCAGGGCCAGCUGCUCACACCUGAGGAGGUCGUGGACAGGAUCUUCCUCCUGGUGGACGAGAAUGGAGACGGCCAGUUGUCUCUGACGGAGUUCGUUGAAGGUGCCCGGCGUGACAAGUGGGUAAUGAAGAUGCUCCAGAUGGAUGUCAACCCUGGCGGCUGGAUCACUCAGCAAAGGCGGAGGAGUGCCAUGUUCUGAGGGCCUGGGGACCCCGCGGGAGCCCACAUUCCCCUCUAAGCCUCCAGGGUGCUCCAGGCUUUCACAGUAGCAGGAGGCCCCUGGCCUGGUUGGCUCAGGCUGACUCUUGCUUGGUGUGGACUUCCUGAUACUCCGGGUGUGGGAGAACAAGGGGAUGAGCAGCGUCUGCCGGGUCUGCAGAAGCCCAGUGGGGUUCAGUCCAUUCUCGGGAUUACUAGCAUUGUAGGGGAACUCUGUCACACUGCUCCUCAACUGCUCCUGGAAGAACUGGGCUUUGGUGGGAGUUGUGGGGCUCCUUCUAAUCUUUAGGUGUUGGUGGAGAUGAAGCGGCUGCAGGGUGGGGUGGGGUGGGAGUCAAAGAUUGGUAGGAAGCAGUCAGGAAAGAGAAUAAGGACGGGGAAGGACCGUGAUACAGCCCCACCCACCCUGAGCAGCCUCCUCCCCCAGGUGGCCACCAGGCUUGACAAAAGGGGCAGAUGGCAGCAGAUAGUUAAGAUCUUCCUGCUCUUGGAGACCUGCUGGGCUUACCAGAGAAGGUGUCAGCUCUGCUGGGUGCUGCUCCCCAGCUCCUCCUCCUCACCCAUCGCCAGUGUGAGCCUGCCACCAUGUCCAGCCAUAGCCCACAUGCCUCCUUACGGGUGGAGACAUCUCUGGGGAGAACCAGGCGCCUGUGCACUGGGGUUCCAGGCCAGACUUUG